GCCAUUUUGGGAACAAUGUUGUUCCGCCAUUGCAAAAUGUGGUUGUAGUGUUUGCCAAAAACAUAUAAUUUAGGCAUGCGGACAUAAGUUUUUGUGAAUAUUCAGUGAUAAUUAUUAAAAAUGGAAGACGAAUAUAUGAAUACACAGGACUCGGGUAUGAACGAUGUUAUUAAUCGCAGUAGUGAAGGAAACGAUAGUAUAAGUGAGACAUCCAAAGAUUUCGUUGAUCCAGCUAAUUAUGAUGAUAGUUUUGAAGAUGAAGACGGCGGUAACAGUUUUCGAGGCGGUCGAGGUGGUCGAGGAAAUUUUAGGGGACGCGGCCGUGGUCCACCUCCAGGAUGGAUGAACGGCCCUCCACCACCGAUGCGUUUUCGUGGCAGAGGUUACGGCCCUGGUGGUCCACCAAUGAGAGGUCGAGGCUUUUUCCGAGGCCGCGGUGGUCCUCGCUUUGGACCUAACAAUGGACCGAAUUUUGAUAACAACUGGGGCCCUAUGGGUCCUCCUCCUCCGGGUAUGAUGGGUGGUCCGCCACCGUUCGGACCUCCGCCCGGCAUGAUGCCACCUGGAGGUCCUAUGGGACCCCCGCCGAAUAUGAUGGGCCAGCCUCCACCAUUUGGACCACCGGGAAUGCCACCACCAAAUAUGCCGGCGCCAGAACUCUGGGUUGAGACUAAGUCAGAGGAGGGGAAAUCGUACUACUACCACGCGAGGACUCGUGAGACGACGUGGACCAGGCCACAAGAGGGACCUACCUGUAAGGUCAUCACGCAGGCUGAGAUGGAGUCGAUGGCUGUUACAGGUCAAAUGCCAGGUAUGGGAGGUCAGUCGAUGCCAAUGAACGGACCGAUGGGCGGUCCACCGAUGGGCGGACCCCCCAUGGGUAUGAUGAACGGUAUGAUGGGCAUGAUGCCGCCCGGCGUGGGUCCGGCACCGGGGGCCGUCCCGCCCUUCAUGACUCAACCUCCUCCAUGGGUUAAAGACAACAACAACCAAAUGUCCACCCCAAAAGACAAACAGGACAGCUCCCCAGAAGACGAGGCACCUCCCGGGGACUCUGCUCCCUCGCAGUCCCCCGCUCAGACCCCUACACAGCCACCAGGCGGCGCGUGGGGCGGCUGGGGCUGGGCGCCGCCGCUCGUGGCGCAGCCGCCCGGCCUGGCCGCCGCCGCCGUGCCCGACAAGGGCGCAGCCACACAGCUACCGCAAAUGGGCGCUCCGUUGGCCGGCAGCGAAGCACCCUCCGAGCAACCUGCAGCGCCGCCCAAGAAGGAGGAAACUGCGGUGCCGGCGUCGCUGCAGGCGCUGGCGGCGGAGUGGAGCUCGCACCGCGCGCCCGACGGCCGCCCCUACUACUACCACGCCGCCACGCAGCACAGCGUGUGGGAGAAGCCGCCGCCGCUGCGGGACCUGGAGGAGUUGCAAGCUAAGAUAGCCAUCGAGAAGGCGGACAAGUCUGAGAAGAAGACGGACAGGAUAGAUCUCGACGACAGUAAGAUUGAAGUGAUAGACGUGGACGCGCACGCGGAGGCGCAGGCGGCGGCCGAGGCGGCGGCGGAGCGCGAGCGCGCCGACCGCGAGCGCGAGGAGCUGGAGCGCCGCGAGCGGGACCGCGCCGAGCGCGAGCGCGCCGAGCGGGAGCGCGCCGAGAAGGAGAAGGCCAAGACCGACAAGAGCCGCCCCGUCUCCAGCACGCCCAUCUCCGGCACGCCCUGGUGCGUGGUGUGGACGGGCGACGGUCGCGUGUUCUUCUACAACCCGACGGCGCGCCUGUCGGUGUGGGAGCGGCCGGCGCAGCUGGCGGGCCGGCCGGACGUCGACCAGGCCGUGUCGCAGCCGCCGCACGGGAAGGAAGCCGCGGCCAAAGAGAAAGUAGCGACGACGACGCCGUCGAAGAACGCAAACGGAGAGCUAAAGAGGAACGCAGAGUCCGAAUCCUCAGACUCUGAAGCUGAACCCGCCAAGAAAGCCAAACCAGAAGAGAGCGCGGCGGGCGCGGCGGGCGCGGCGGGCGCGGGUGGCGCGGCGGGCGAGGCUCCGCGGCGGCGCGCGCUGCAGAUCGACGCGGGCGCGGAGGCGGCCAUGGAGGCGGAGUCGCGCGCGGCCCGCGAGCGCGCCGUGGUGCCGUUCGAGCAGCGCGUGCGCGCCUUCCUGCAGAUGCUGCACGAGAGCGACGUGUCCGCCUUCUCGCCCUGGGAGAAGGAGCUGCACAAGAUCGUGUUCGACAGCCGCUACCUGCUGCUCGACUCCAAGGAGCGGAAGCAGGUGUUUGACAAAUACGUUCGCGAACGCGCUGAGGAAGAGAGGAAAGAGAAGAAAAACAGACUGCAACAGAAGAAACAGGCCUUCAGGCUGCUCAUGGAGGAAGCCAAGCUACAUUCCAAAUCGUCGUUCAUGGACUUCUCGAGCAAGUACAGUCGCGACGAGCGGUUCAAGAACAUCGAGAAGAUGCGUGACAGGGAGACGUACUUCAACGACUACAUCGCGGAGGUCAGGAAGAAGGAGAAGGAGGACAAGGACAGGAAGAGGGAACAGGCCAAGACGGAGUUCAUAGCGCUCCUCAAAGAGAAGACGGUCGAUCGUCACGCGCGUUGGGUCGACGUCAAGAAGAAAAUCGACUCGGACUCGCGGUACAAGGCCGUCGAGAGUAGUUCCAUGAGGGAGGAUUACUUUAGGGAGUACUGUAAGAUUGUUAAAGAAGAGAGGAAGAAGGAGAAGGACGGAAAGGAAAAAGAGCGCGAGCGAGGCAGCAAGAAAGACAAAAAGGAUAAGGAGAGGGACAAGGAUAAGGACAGAGAGAAGGACAGCAAGAAGGAUAAGAAGAAGGAGAAAGCCGGUGACAAGCAAUCCGACCUGUCGACGGAAGACGAGAAAAAGCAACCGACUCCGCCCCCGGACCAGUGGGCGGAGAUACUCGGUAUACCCGGCGAGGAGGACUCGAAGGAGUCCAAGUCGACCAAGUCCUCGAAGGAGAAGAAGGAGGAGUCGUCGGAGGCCAGCGAGGCCAAGUCUCGGUCGCCGACGCCGGAGAAGGAAAUAAGAUCCCCGAAACAGCUGAGGUCCUCGAAGAAGGAACUGCCGACGCCCGAAAAGAAGUCCCCGAUAAAAUCGCCGCCCAAGAAACGCCGGCAAGACUUCAAGUCACCGGAACCGGAGCCGGAGAAGAAGGGUAAGAAGAAGGCGGCGGAGAAAUCGGAGAAAACGGAGAAGAGGAAACGGAAGAAGUCCGAGAAAGAAUAGUGUUUACUUUACGUGUUUUGUAAACGCUGAUCGCUGGAACGGCGCAGGUUACUGCGCGACCGGGACAAUUAGAUGUUCUACACGUUAUCGCGCGAGGGCACUCCGACUGCCUUAUACACGACUUGCGCGUUGAAAUUACACGACUGCCGACCUUGAGUUGAUCUUAUAUAUAGAUAGUCGUAACUUAUAUUGUACAUAGUCUUCAAUAUUAUCUUUUAUUUAUAACGAUUCGUGUCGAUGGAACAAAUAUCGGGGCGGUACAGGGUGCUCCACUAGCCCAGCUGUGGUAUAUCUAUCGACUAUUGUAUUGUGGGGGGGGGGGCGUGUAUCAUUAGCAACAAUAACGAAAUAGACGAUAUAAUUAAACAGCCGCAAAUAUUAAAUUCGGUAAUUUCAAGUCGCAAGGAAUCUCCGUGUCUAUUUUUUUUUUUUUUUCGUAUAUUUAAGGGUAAUCACUUUCUAAUAUAAAUGUAAUCGAAUAACAAUAAUCGAUAUUUUUUUUUUAUUUUACAAAAUCGAUUUCAUUAUUGACAAUUUGUCGAUAUGUCGUUGUAAAUAUAUGAAGUCGCGAUCGUUAUUAUUAAAUUAAACUCUGUACAGUUUAUAUAUAGACUCUAAGAGGAAUCGAUGUACUCUCGCGGUUACUUUGAAACGUUCAACGGAUAGUUAAUAUAUAAUGCCGUCUCUCUCUGAUCAUCGUUGAUUCGAUGAGACGGAAGACAUCGUGUAACUCUCAUGAUAAUACUUGUAGUAAGUCAUUCGGUUGAAAUUAUUUAAUUUGUUUACUGUAAAUAUAUCGAUUUAUGAAUUAUUUGUACGUGUUAGUCAGUCAGACAAUAGUCAGUGUUAUUAAAGGCUCAAUGUGACAAUUAUAAUGUUCAAUAUAUCGGAUGUACGUAUUUGUAGUUAUAAUUGUUUUAUUCGUAUUGAAUCUUGAAACGAUUUUUGUUUUGCUAACCAUAC